ACAGACAGCCAGUUGCUGGUACAGUACAUAACACCAUUCGCCACACAAGUCGGAGAUCUAGUUUACGUGCUGGACAUGCAUUCUAUCCAAAGCGAUGCUAACUGUAACCAGCUUCGUGCAGGGGAUGGUCCUAGCAGCGUUUUCCCUUACACCUUCAGCCACGGUGUCAGAGAUGGCCAGUCACCGAUCACAGCCAAUGAGAUCUUUGUGCCCCUUGUGCGUUUCUCGGUGGAGCCGAUGACGCGCGACCAGUGUCGGCGACAGUUUACGGCCAACUGUCAUCUGCCUGGAUACGGCAGCAACAACUGCACCGCCAAACAAGGUUUGACGCUCCAUUGCAGCCGUGAUGCCACACCACAAGAAGUGCAGCAGUUAGCCGCAUCCUUGUCCAAACCCCCCAUCAAGGCGAUGCGCAUCGACCUGUUCGACGGAGAAGCUGUGACUUUUGCGAAUUUGUCUCCAGUCCGGGAACAGACAGUGAUCUUCUAUUUAAAUAGCUGUCAGUCUCACCGUGCCACAGACACGCUGUCCGUAUUACGCUUUCCGCAGUUGCUUGAAUUCGGGCUCCGUGACUGCCGUGAUCUGGACGUUCGCCGCAGCGAUUUCUGGCAUUCCAGCAAACUGCGUCUUAUUACUUUUUACAACACGGCACUGCGCCUGCUGGAAGCGGGGACUUUCAGCGACUUGCCGGGACUGCGUUUGCUGGCCUUAGAGCGGGGCUUCAGUACGAUGCAGGUUUUCGACGCCGACGUGCGGGACUAUCUGGCGCGAUUGCACUGCGGCUGUGAAUUCCAGUGGUUCCGCGAUUGGUGGCGCGUUAAUGGACUGUGGCAGCAGGCGGCCGAAGGCGACGUCUACGACAUUCCCUAUGAUUCCUGGCGCAGUGACAACUUUACGCGGAAAGAUGUCUUUCUGUCCGUCAACUGCGCUCAGACUCCCUUUCCCAACGGAUCCGCUGCCGUGGAUUUCGUACAGGAAGUAUACUCGGCCAAUGAGCUCUCGUACUCGAAAAAAGCGCAUCCCGCAUGCCCAGAGGAAGAGAGCGCCAAGCAGAGCUUCCCCGUUUUGACAACAGCACCUGGCACCGAGGAGGAAUGCCGCCUUUUCUACAGCACACCGUGCUGGUCACUAAAUUUCCGCGUGGAGGAUUGUAAACAGUUCGGCCUGACACCCACCUGGAAUGAUGACUGCGAUUAUCCCAAUGGGACGGCACAGGAAGUCCGGCGAAUGGUGCCGCUGUUAGCAAAGCUGGACCCCCGACCGAUUCGCCUGAUGUUGACCGGUGAAUCCGCGGCAACGGUCAUCGCUGCGGAUUUGGCGCCGGUACGGGAGCGGAUUAUGGUGUUCAAUCUGGUGGGCUGUAUCGAUACCCGCCCCACGAAGAAGAUCAACGAGUACGACCUCUUCAACGCGCUCGAUUUCUGGGUGGCGAACUGCGCUGAUAUCGACGUCAAGCGGGCCGACUUCCAACGCUCCCGGAAACUGCGCAUAAUCGUCUUCUGGAACUGCACGAUUCGUAGCCUGGAGGUGGAUGCCUUCGGUGACCUUCCGGAUUUGCGGAUUGUGUCACUGGAGUACGGCGUGUACACCAGCCACAAGGCCAUCAUUGAGCCGGCAGCGGUGUUUGAGGAACGCCAUCGCGAUUAUUUGUGGCGGCUUCACUGCGGCUGCGAGUUUGUCUGGUUUCGACGGUGGUGGCGCAGUCAGCCGGCGCUCUUGCGCACUGCCGUGGAGCAGGGCGACGUUUACACUUUCUGCACUACCUGGCGCAGCGGUUGGAUGAGUCGCGAGGACAUCUACGUGCCGAUCGACUGUGCGGUGGAGAUUCCCACGGGAGCAGACACUGUUGACCUUAAUCAGACCGACUACUCGCGCAACGAGAACUGCUAAAGGACGGAUACCGCUGGGACACACACCAUACAGAUACUGACUUGUGAGCUAGGUUGUGACCAGUAUCAGAUUAAACACUAAGCUCAACUGAACACUACACUAAGUUAUGAGGAGAACUGUCAAGCAAAUAUUUUUGAAUUAUCUGCAAGCUAAUUGACUAGUUCCGCAAAUAUACGACAAAGAAGUUAGUCGACCCAGCAGACAAAUACAAACCGAGAAAACACAAAAACUUAUCAACAGGAUGGCCGCCCUUAAACGGGCCUGAAAUUCGUAAAAGGAUUAGGAAGCGAAUCCUGUAAAACCUUAAUAUUUCCGAAAGAGUAAAAGGAAAAUUGCGCAAACAGAUGAAACACGGACACAAGACCUCGAUCCGACCUGACCUCUGCCAACGUCACCCGGGACGAUGGACAACGGACGCGUACUCGAUUAUCGCGACGGGCUUAGUGGUUUGUUGAACGGAGCCGGCUGGCAGCCGUAGUGGUUAUAGGAUUUGGCGCAUGUUGCAGAAGCAGUAUGCUCCUCAACCCAACACAACCAUCUGCUUCAUGUUACCGUACCCUGUGUAAAUGGCUGGUCAGGUUUACUUCUUCAUUAAUUAUUAAAAGAUCGUCACAUCGAGCAUUACAAGCAGCGUUCUAUUUG